UGGGGGCAACAUGCAAAGUAAAAAAAACACAGGGCACUCUGAGCCUAUUCUUUCUACUUAUAUAUAUAUUUUUUAUAAUAUAUCGUAUAUUAAUAUAUAUAUUAAGUCUGCAUUGUAAAAACACUUAGGGGGUUAUGCAAUAAAGGGAGCAAAUGUCUGCCCCAGGUCUAUUAACCCAUAGCAACAAAUCAGCAGGUAGCAAACAUUGGUUGCUCUGGGUUACUUGACCUUUUAUUACAUUACCCUUAUAAAUGUGACAAAGACUGAAUCAGGCCUAGUAACCCACAACUCAGAAAAAAAAUAAAUAAAAACAAGUAGCAUGUGUGUCAUUUCAAACCAGACAUCUGAUUGGUUGCUAUGGGUUAUUAGAUCUAGUGCAAACUUUAUUACAUUACCCCAUAACUAUCUAAGCAAGAAGACAAGCAUACUUUUCACCUUUUUCUUAUUCACAUUGCAGGUUGCUCCAAGAAGGUCCCAUGAUGGUGGGCGGGGCAUGAACAGGCCAUAGGGUAUUUGUAUAAGUCACAGGAUUGGACAUAGAUGGGAUUGUCCUAUAACAGUGCCCUAAAAUGCGUCAUAGACGUCAAAGUGCUCCCUUGUCAUCUGAGGUGACCGGCCUGGAACCCACAAAAGAGGAGACUGCCCUGCAUGAACUAGAAUCUGACAUUUCUACAGAUACCUCAACUGUUCCAUGUGGAAGGAGAUAUCCAGAGGUUCUACCACAGGAACCGGUAACCUUCUAUUCAGAGUAUCCAGAUUUCGGCUACCAUGUCCAUCAGGAAGACAAUGUAGAUAUCUGCUCCAGCUUCCUUGUUGGGCAAUGCCUUCAGGGUUCCCAUUGCCCAAGACACCACACGGUGCUUCCAUAUACAUGGCAAGUGAGAGAAAAGAACACGACUCGGUGGACUAAUGUUGAAGAAGGGGCACAUCAGGCCCUAGAGAGACUGUUUAGUGACCCCCAUGUUGUACAGGUGACAGGAAUGUACAAGGGUAUUCAGGUCUUUAUAGACUUCAGCACCAUGGACAUCUACAACAGUCCAGAAAUUGACCGAGUACGACGUCUCUCCACCUCCACUGACCCUUCCGUCUACUUUCACACCUCCUACAGGUUUUUCUACGAAGAGUCAGAUGACAAGUGGAUUGAAUAUGAUAAGGUAUUUACAAGCGCCAUUGCUGAAGGCCAUCGGAAUAAACAAGACAUCGUGACGUACAGCAAUCCCCUUUUCAAAUAUGUUCUCCACCUGACCAUGAUGUACCAGCAGAACCUACAGACAGGAACGAUGAGGAGGAUAGCAAGGAGACCCGUCUUCAGGUCCACCGUGGCCAUGCAGUUUGAACUCCGGACCUUCUCUGGUUGCAAUGCCAGUUCCAAUUCUACCCCUAGAACCCCCGGUUCUGAUAUCACAGCUCAGUUCCCUGGCUCCUGGAUCAUCACCAACCCCGAACUGACCCAUGAAAGCAUCCUGCUGAGUUACGGGGAUCAGGAAUUUGCUCACGUUUACACCUAUUUCCACAGCACAAUGUCUGAGUCCCAGUAUAUAAUCCUGGAGAUCUCUAGGAUCCAGAACUACUUCCAGUGGGACAAGUACCGACGAAAAAGAGACCACAUGAUUCAGCAACUGAAUGAAGGUGAGCGGAAUCGGCUGGAGCGACAUCUUUUCCACGGCACGGAGCAUACGUUGGUGGAGGCCAUCUGCCGUCAGAACUUUGAUCCCAGAGUGAGUGGCAAGAAUGGCACCAUUUAUGGUCAAGGGUGCUACUUUGCCAAGGACGCUAGUUACUCCCACCGCUACGCCAAGCCUACCUCCGAGGGUUACCAUUACAUGUUCCUGGCCAAAGUCUUGGUGGGACGUCCAGCCAAAGGAACACACAAUCUCCGUCGCCCGCCUCCCAUAUACCCCGAUGACCCCUCCAGCCCACUCUAUGACUCCUGUGUGUCCCAGCUCAAUAAUCCAGACAUUUUUGUUAUAUUCGACAAUGACCAGUUCUACCCGUACUUCCUCAUCAAGUAUCAGAAGACUCAGAACAUGGUCAUCCUCGGUUGAAGGACCUAGAACUGACUUGGAAUUGUUUACUCCUAUCUGUUACUUAGAAAAACAAGAAUUCCUUGGUAGUAAAAAUCCAUUUUAUUGGUGUGUUUGCCAAUCUGUCCUCAGACAUGUUUAAUGUGUACAUACCAACCAAUCAGAUCUUUGCUUUCAUAUUCAAAUUACUCUACUGGACUGAUAAAACCUAACUACUGAUUGGUUAGUUAAAGGGGUGGUUUACCUUAAAGUUUUAGUAUUUUAUAGAA